AUGAUGGACGGCCGCCUGGUGCAGACGUCGUGCCGGACGACGCACUUUUCGGCGGUGGAGGCGACGCUGCGGGAUUGGCCCGAGGUCGAGGCAGUCGGGUCCUUCCGCGAGAAGAAGAACAACAAGGGGGACAUCACGACAGUGUUCGUCACCUUCCGCGACGAGGCGGCGGCGAAGGCGGCCAGGGCGAAGCUCGAUGCCAUUCCCGGUAUCGUUGAGGCGACCACUGCCUUGUCUGCCUCUCCGGAGCAGGAGAAGGGGGCGGCCAGCGGCAGUCAAAGCAAGCGCUCGCAGAGGAAGAAGGGCAACGCCGGUAGUGACAAGAAGAGCCUCGCUGCGGAGUUCUUGAACUUCGAGUCGUAUGAGGAUCAAAAGCAGCGCAAGACACACACGAGGAGGGGGAGCAACGGCGUGCCGGAGGUGGCGGGUGCGGAGACGACGCGUAGGGGCCGCGGUGGGCGUGGAAUGGGCCGUGGCAGUAACAACAACAGCCGUGGUGCCGGUGGCAAUCACCGUGGGAUGCGUGGUCGCAGUGGCGCUCAUCUGCAGCCGCCGCCGAGCUUUCACCCACCGCCGCAAAGCUUUCAGCCGCCGCAGCAGUACCAGCAGGACCAGUACCAGCAGGACCAGUACCACCCGCCGCCGUGCCUACCGCCGUUCGAGGCGAACGUUGCCUUCGUUGACAACGUGCCAUUCGGCACCACGAAUAAGCACCUCAUGGAGCACUUCUCCCCCUUUGGCCGCAUUCUCGAUGUGAACCGUCUCGAGUUGAUGGUCAUGAUCUGCUUCGACAACCCGGAGUCGGUGCAGCAGUGCAUCCAGCACAUGAACGGCACCAAGAUCCACGACAACGUCAUCACGGUGAGCAGCGGCACCGUCCGCAUCCCCGGCAGCGUCGCAAUCCAGAUGGGUGUUUAA